CAAUAAUUCCUCGCCUGCGGCAAUAAAAGUGAAAAUACACGACAUUUUAGCUGUUACCCACCUUAAAAGGCGAAAUUGUGACGGUUAAAUAACACGUACGUCAUGUAAACGAGAACAAAACAACGUUUUAUAUCAAAAGCGGCUAAAUUAUUCACCUGAAAACAGGCAUUCCAGGAGUUUUUUUGUCACGUUUUAUAUUCCGUCUCUGUCGAAUUGAACAAGCCACGGUUUUGUAACUAGACAUGAAAAUGAGAGCCACGAAGUUGAAAUAAUCACUGAAAUGUGAUAGAACACACAGCGAGUAUCUUCUUUACGUCAAAAAGCCGGAAGGUAAACCAUCGUCGAUGUCUCAUCUUCAUACUUUCUCAAAGGUAAUUUGGUACAGCAUUCUGAAUACCUUUGUGACCCUUACACUAACAUUGUGGAUUUCGCUGAAAAUAUUGAGGAAAUAUCGGAUCAGAGAACCACGACUGUCGGUGUUUACAUGCUUUUUGGGUGUCAUAUCCGGAUUCAUUAACCAAGGUGUGGAGUUACGUCUGAGAAGCUUAACUGCCAGAUUACUUCAGUUGAACGCUACUGUUCUGGGGGUGAUGCUCUACAUUUCGAUGAACGCCGUUCUGUUCAGCAAAUUAUCCCAACAAGAUGAAAGUUUACCUUUCAAAACGAUAGAGGAAAUCAUUUAUGAACGACAAAAAUCUAUCUGUGUCCGUAACGACAGUUUUGCUCUUGAGAACAUCAAGGACCAGUGGGAGAACCAGUUCGGUAAGCAAGAAGAUGUUAUCAAUAGAAACUGUCCCGAUGUCAGAAAUCCAGAUAAUGCGAAUAAAGCAGUAUGCGAAUAUGGAAUGGUGGUGCUCGAAAGCAAACAGAUGAUGCACUCACUACUGAAGAAGAAAAUUGUACACUGCAAAGUCAGCAAUGCUGAUAGAAGAUAUUUUAUUACUGGCAACGUAUAUAUUGCUCACAAGCAAUUCAAGGAAUUUGGGCUUAUAGAGAAUUUCAUAAAAACACUACGUAGUACCGGAAUUAUCAAGAAACUAGAACGGAAGUGGUUGGAAAUAAACUAUGUCAAUACGGGUGGAAUCACACGGUCUGAUCUUGGACAGGUUGAUUUCAGACAUGUUAGAGGUAUUUUUGUCACGUAUACUUUUUUGGUCAUUUUAAGCGUGAUUUUAUUGUUUGUGGAGAUAAUAUGGAGCAAACUGGAUCAGGAAUUGGUACGCCAGAUUGAAUUUAUAGAGUAAAAAUUAUAUACUUGUAUACAUUAAUUUAGAUAAUAGAGGGUACUAGAAAUAGAUUAAGACCAUAGAUUUUAUUAUAGUUAUGACUAUAAUAACGGAGCAAAGAUUCAUAUGCGAAUAUUUUCAAUAGCAUAGCUGAGAGUAAAAAAAUAAUGCUUCAAAUAUUAUUAGUCCUACGCUUAUGUAUAUAUAUAUACGAGGGAUGUCUUUUAAGUUUUGCAUAUAGAAACAUAGUAGGCCGCGCGAAUUUAAGGUCAGUACUGAAGUCAGUACUCACUCUAGUAAACUUAUAUUCAAAGUUUCACAACAAUACGUGCAGUGAUCUCACUACAGUGAAUUUUUAAGUGUCACCAAGUCAUUAGAAAAAUUUUCUGGAACUCAACCGAGAACGCGCCAUAAUUUAUUACAACUUUGAGAGACAAUUAUCGUAACAAGAAUGCCUUGCUGAGUUACUGUCUGUUUUCGGCAACGAGGCGCCACAUCAGUCGACCCGUUGGUAUGGAGAAUUCAAACGUGGACGGGUGAGUCUCAGCGACGAUCCCAGGGUGGGUGCACCAAAAACGGCAGUCACCCAGGAAAACGUCGAUGCUGUGCGCAAACUUAUCAUUGAAGAUAGACAUGUGACAUAUCGCGAGAUUGGGACGUCUUUGAAGAUCACAAAGACCUCAAUUCAAAAAAUUUUACAUGAAGAAUUAGGAGUAAGAAAAUUAGUUUCUCGUUGGAUACCCCACCUGUUGACUGAAGAGCAGAAAGCAGCCAGGGUUAAUUGGUGUCAAAAAACGCUUGACUGUUUCAAUUCCGGAAACUCAAAAAAUGUGUACAGCAUUGUUAGUGGUGAUGAAUCGUGGAUUUACUGUUAUGAACCAGAAAAUAAACGACAGUCGGCUGUUUGGGUGUUACAAGGUGAAGAAAAGCCAAAAAAAGUCAUCCGUUCUCGAAGUGUUUCGAAAAAGAUGGUCGCGACAUUUGUAUCAAAAGCGCGUCAUAUUGCAGCAAUUCCUCUUAAUGAGCAAAGAACUGUUACUGCGGAUUGGUAUACCACCAUUUGUUUGCCAAAAGUCAUCACCGAGCUUCGAAAAAUCAACCCCGAAAGAAGAAUCAUCCUCCACCAAGACAAUGCAGGCUUGCACACAGCCCAAAAAACAGGGCAGUAUUUAACGGAAGAAAAGGUGGAAUUAUUGGACCAUCCUCCAUAUAGUCCCGAUCUAAGUCCUAACGAUUUCUUUACUUUCCCGAAAAUUAAAAACAGACUGCAUGGUCAAAGGUUCCAGUCACCAGAAGAAGCAGUUGACGCAUUAAAAAAUGCCGUUUUGGAUCUGCCAACAAACGAGUGGAAUAAGUGCCUCGAAAAUUGGUUCGAGCGCAUGCAGAUGUGUAUUAAUCAUCGUGGAGAAUACUUCGAAAAACAAUAAAGUCAUUUAAACCUACCUACCGUGUUGUUUUAUUUCCAUAUGCAAAACAUCCCUCGUAUAUAUAUAAUCCUAUAUUGAUUUCGAAGAAUAUUUAUGUAUACCUCCAAUUUUCCGUGAAUUAGUAGAAUCCACUAAUGUUUCAUAAUAAUCGAAUAAACCGCACUCGAUUCACAAAUGUCUGCUAGUUUAGCAACCAACUAUGUUACCGCUAGAUAGUCACCACAGAAACAAUUGGCUUAUCUAGUUCACUAGGAAUAUAUUAUCCCCAACCCACUUUCCUUUUGAGAAGCACUAUGCAUUAUCUAAAACAAAUAUAUACUAAUUCCAUAGAUGACACAUUUUAUGCUGUUUAGGAAUUAAUAUUUUACUACUCCUAGAGUUUAGAUAUCUUCAAUAGUCGAUUUCAAACACCCUUCAACUUCGUUUCACUGGAAUUGUCUCGAAAAUACAUGUUUCCCUGCAAGAUUUGCAAUAAAAUAAUGACAUAAUAAUCUCCAACACUAUUGACUGCCGACCAGAUAUACGAGGGGGUACCCAAAAAAGAAACGAAAUUAUUUUUCAAAAGCUAUUUAUUUUCAAAUUUUCACAAAGUAACCUUAUCUCCUUUAAAAUACUGUCCACUUCAUUUAAUACACUUGUCCCACCGGUGCUUCCACUGCUCGAAACAUUUUUGAAGUUCUUUAGAAAUGUCUGACUCCUCCUCUCUAAUUUUUUUCUUGACCCCUACAAUGCCGUCAAAGAGGAGCGGACCCAUGCCAUUUUUUUUUCAGAAACUGUCGAACAGAGAUGGCUGUGUGUGCAGGUGCAUUAUAGUGGUGAAAGAACCGGUCUCCUGACUGCCACAAAUCGGGUAUUUUUUGGCAAACACUGUUUCGCAAUCGUUUUAAAACCUCCAAAUAAAAGUUUGAUGUUUGAUUUGAGUUGCCGACAUUUUUCUGGGCGGGGUGAGGAUGGCGUCUUCCGUUGAUUUGACUGUUGCUUCGUUUCUGAGUCAUAAUCGUAGCACCAAGUCUCAUCACCAGUGAUGAUCUUUGACAAAAAAUUUGGAUCAGAUUCUAGCUGUAGUUUCAAAGCACGACAUGUUUCAACUCGGUGUUCUUUUUGAUUGUCAGUCAGAACCCGAGGAACAAACUUGGCAGUAAACCUUUUCAUUCCCAAAUCUUCUGUUAAAAUUCGCUUAACCGACUUCCAGGACAACCCACUGCUUAAGGAUAGUUGAUCGAUUGUCAGCCGUCCUUCUGCAAGCACAGGCUCUCAAAUUUUUCCAACAUUUUCGUCGAUUCUGGCAGUUCAUGGACGUCCAGAGUGAGGUUUGUCAACAAUCGACAUGUCGCCAUUUUUAAAUCGAGCAAACCAGUCGUACACCAGAGUUUUUCCCAUAGCAUCAUCUUUCUAAGCUAUUUUCAACAUUAAAACAGUUUCAGCAGCAUUUCUACCUAUUAGAAAGUAAAAUUUCACAGCUGUAUGUUGCUCACUGAACCUUGCCAUCGUAAAAAACAAAACAAGCAUGAAACAGCUCUAGCAAAAAUAAUGACUACAGAGGAAUGAAACAAGCCAGAUCGACAACUCAGGUGGCACUGAACUGGUAAUGAGUUGUACUGUACGCCUCUACGGGCAGAAAUGUGUACUACACAAGCUCCGCCCACUGCAUUCCUAUUCCGGUUAUUUUUGGGUACCUCCUCGUAUAUGUUUAAACGUAAAAUUUGUUGCGUUUUAGAUCCCAUAUCACGCUCACCCUGUCCGGAUGUACUCUAUAAAAUACGCUGCUUUUUAAGUGGGUCUUGGUUCAAUACUGCUUUUAAAGAUGUUCUUAUGUCUUAUAGUGAAGUUGCUAGAAGGAAGACAAGUCCAACAAAUUUAGUUACGUUAAUUAACGCGACUAAUGUUUUUUACGUUUCCCCACAAUUUCGAGGAGUCACGGUAUCUCCUCCGAGCCUAAAAACAUAACUGAGCAACCAACACAAGCCGCUGGGCGUUAGACCCUUAUCAAAUUGAGAUGAUUAAUGUAGUUACAGAUUUAAUCCUGACCCUUUCAGCUUUCUGACCCAUUUAACAUCUAUUUAUUAGGGCAGCAAACCGCUGUACAUUCACGGAACAGUUAGGGCCUGCUUUAUAGUCUCGACCAAAUAUUAUUCAUCAUGGACGGUCCUAAAGUGAAAAAAGCCUGAGGAAGAUUUCGAAAUAUUUUCAAGGAUGAAUACAAAAACGGAAAUAGAGAAGUAGAUGAGAGAAUUUUGCAAAAAAGCAUAACCAACUCGUUGCCCUAUGUUUUUUAAGCGAACCUCACACGAUCAGUAUUUCCUGUGGUCCAUACCUUCAGUAUUUACCGAUGAUUCAGUCAGUGUUAGUGGAGUAGUAUGUUACCGUAUACAUCAAUAAUAAUUACUCACGUCCAGGCUACACAGUCAGUAAAUAUCACAUUCCAUGAUAAAUACUCAUGGAUCACAAUAAAUAUUGAUCGUGCAAUAUUUGUCUCACGCUUUACUUGAUGUUAAGCUACAUUGCUACAUUGCUGACAUCGAGGUAUUGUCCUCCAAAACAAUAUUGUAUUCUUAAUAGCUGUGAUAUAUUGUAAACAGCCAUUUUUCAAAGACCCCACUUGUUUCACUCAUUUGUUGAAAAACAAAACGUAUUCCUAUUCACAUUUAAAACAUAUUAAGUUCUCUUUAAUUCCGGCUCAGCAAUCAGCUACUAGGAUUUCAGUUUUAUUUCAGGUACUGAUACGACGUGGUCACACAUUCCAUUUACAAGCUGUCAACGUCAGCGACUAAAGGUUAUCUUUUUACACCUAACGGAAUCCUAAUACCCGCACGGGUAUUACGUAUUUUGAAAAGUGACAUUAUGUCGAUUUUUUACAUUGUAUUGUUUUUUUGUGACAUUAUGUACGUUUUUCUACAAGAUAACUUAGCACUAGCUGAUGGACAUGUUGUAAGCUCGUUUUGUAGUUGUACGUGUUGCCUACACGUCAUGAUGCUUCAGUUGUCAAUGUAUGGCUCUAAUCUGAUGUAAAAUCUGCUUCAGAGAUGACAUUACUAGAGAUCUGAGCUAUAAGUUGUAUGCUAUAGCUACAAGGUAACGGCAAUGCGUAGGUCCAUAGUGACGAUUUGUGUGCUAAAAAUAUGUGUUGAUAAUUCCAUUGAAUUCUUCUCCCAAAUACUUGAGAUUCAAAGCUAGAAAUUAGUUGCGUAUCCACUUUUUCUUAUUCAUUCUGGAAAUUACAUAAAAUGCAAAUUUGCUGAAGUUCAAAAAUGAGAGAUAUAAACAAAGAAAAUCUCUAGUUGGUGAAGGAGCAGGUAAGAGAAUAUGCUACAGGCAGGAAUAUUUAUACAAGGGAAAAGGUUAUUACAUUAUUUUUUAUCUCCAGUCACACUUAAAAUGGGAUACCCAUACAGAGUACCUUGUGAAGAGACUGAGAUGUAUUAUUCCAAAAUUCAGGUACUUCAGAGAUAUUCUAGAUAAGAAAUAUCUAUAUAAUCUAUAUUAUGCUCUUGUUUAUCCUCUAUUACUUUAUGGAAUUUUGGCUUGGGGGGGAGUUAUGAAUAAUAAUUACAAAAAGGUUGAGGUAAUCCAAAAAUUAAUUCUAAAAUUGAUCCUCCAUAGAGAGAUUACUCAUUCAAGUGAUUUUCUAUAUAUAUGGCGGCUCAGCUAUUAGAUUGCAGACAAAUUUAUUUUUAUUGUGGUUUAAUAGAUUAUUUCAAAUAUUCAAAAUACUUUAAUCGUACCAUUCAUAACUACCCAACAAGAUUCAAUCAAAAUUCAAUGUGUAUUCCACGAACAUCAAAAACCAUUAUACAACGAUCUCUGUUUUUCUUGGGACCAAAAUUCUAUAACUUCAUACCAGAGUCAUUAAAAGUAAUUAAGUCAAGUAAAUCAUUUAAAAAACAACUAAAAAAGUGGAUUUUACAACAACCAAGGUACUCCAUCCACGAAAUUGUAGAUCUGAAAAAUCAUUAUCAAAAUCAAUAAUAUUUUACUUACACUAACAUCCAUACUUUUACUUUAGUUCUAAUUGUCUGGAUAUUUUUCCUGACAUCAUAAUAAUACACCAAAUUAUACAGUAUUAACGGUUUUUUUUUUAUACACUGACUGUACUAUUAGUUUUUAUUUUGUACAAACCCAAACACAAGUGCAAACUUUUUUUGGGUGCUUUAUGUUUAUUGUGCACAAUAUUUGAUAUUUACUUGUCUUUUGUGACAAUAAACAUUAUUAUUAUUAUUAUUAUAUACAUUUUAUUUGAGUUUAUUUUGCGGUGUCAAUAGAAAAUACAAAUCAGCGCCCCUAGAUGUAUUGCGAAAUUGUUUGAUGUGUGGAGCGUCAUUUUUCUGAGAUGCGACUUAAUUGCACACAACGCUGGCGCGAUGGCGAUUUCUCGUAGUGGUCCUCAAAGUUUUUGAAAACACAAAACGGGAAAAAUCGUAAUUUAUAACUUUGAACAUAACCUGCCUUCAGAAAGGACAACAUAUAAAUAACCCGUCAGACACAGCUAAUAGAUAUUCUUCAUUGGCAGCAUGUUCAGUAAUAAUUUUCUCACACAGCAAAUAUCACUGAUUUUAUACACAUUCAGACCAAUACACAUACACUUCCUUCUCAGAGUUGAAAACUACAGACUACUCGUCUACACAAAACAUAUGCAACCAACAAUGUAGUUGAGUGAUUCCUCCAUAGAUGAACGCUCACAGCGGUCAUAGCGAGCAAACGUGGAAUGAACGAUUUGCACCCUAAAAACUACCUAGUCUGCAAUAUGACAUUCGACUGUUUCUUUUAUUCACGUUUUAUAGGUUUUUCCAUAAUACUCGUGCCCGUUUUAUAGUUAGCAAAAGCAAGAACAAUGUUGAUCGGACGCAUGCGCGCUAGCAGAGCGGAUUAUUCUUCCUGUAAUCUUCUCACAAGUUACCAAUGCAUGUUAAAUGUCCCUAGGCCAUUCCGAAACUGAAAAAAGUUAAAAUAUUUGUUGUCCGUAUCGUAUGACAAUUCUUUGUAUCCAUACCUUGAUCUGACCUUCAGUGACUGAUGGCGCGUUAUAGGUCCAGAACCGCCAGACGCAACUGCAGUAGAAACCUUCAUAAAAACUAUUUUUCUUUUUAUAUUCAGAAUCAUUAUCAUUCCAACUUGUAAGACGUUCGAUGUCUAUCGAAUAAAUAUUUUUUAAAAACUCCUUGUUGUGGCUAAAAAACAUAACUGGCGUGAAACUUGGCCCCGACUGCUAAUUCUGUGUAUCGUAUUGACGAGUCUCACUAAGACAAAAGAGACCCCUAUGCGAAUGCUUAUGCUUCAAUAGAUGAAACUGCAGCUCUUCAGUUUCACAAAAAUAUGCUUCUAAAGAAACGAAGAUUACGAAAAUACUAAAUCUCACCUGAGAAUAGUUCUAGGAACUUUUCUACUCCGUAGUUGUUAGGGAAUCUGUAGUGUGGGUCCUUAAGGGCAUCAGCUGUGUGGACCUUUAUUCGUUUCACCAUAAAAGUGAUGUUGUCGUUCCUACCAUCUUGAUUGAAAUCUGAAACAAAAGAUACAAUUUGAAGGAAUUUCGAAACCCUCCGAAUAAUGAAAAACAUGUCCAGUAGACAGGAUCCAAUCUAUCACAGAAUGUCCAUUAUAUUAUGUCAACUAAAGGAUAGCUCCGGAGAAUGCCGGUCCCUAAAGUCACGGGAUUUUCAGCAAAUUUGAAUAGGAUUGAAGAGCUGAGACCACAAAACUUGGCACCGGUUCGUUCGUAACUUUCUUGACUAAGUAUAAACAAUAUAAAAAAAUAGAUUUGAAUUAUGUUUAAAGCUCUAAUUCUCGUACGCAUUCUUUCGUCUAUUUUGCAUCGGUCACUACUCACCACUCUGUUGAAGACUGAGUCAUAGCUAAGAGUAUUGGUUCUUGAAAUCACUACUAAUAUUAUAAAUGAGAAAAUGCUGAUGUUUGUUACUCAAUCACAACUAAAACAGGUCAGAAAUUUGGUACAUAGAUAGAUUAUAGUCUGGAAUAGCACAUAAACUACCUUUCAUCCCAGGAGCUGAAGCGCACAGUCACCGGUCCGACCGAAAUGAGUACGAAUAUAUGAAUAUGUCUUGAUCUACUUCAACUGUAAUACUUCCAUACAAUCUUUAAUGGUGCGAGACAGGUAAGAUUCAAAUCUUAUCCCGCAAAAACUAAUGUUGCAUGGUCCUUCUGUUUCUCUAUAUAAAAAAGAUGAAUACAAUUUAGGCAUGUAAUAUUUUAGCAACGACGAACCACGUCGUAAAAACCGUGGACCAAUGGCCUGUCUUCCAAUUAACAAUCGGUAUAUUUCGCUCUAUCCAAUAAAGUGCAAGGGUCUGAAAUAAAAGAAAUAAAUUUUGCAGAAGCACAACGUACACAAAAUUGGUUUUCACAGAGACGUUCAAAUCCUAUCGUUCUGUCUUAAUGCACCGUCUACUGUAUUUUAUUUCGGUUCAGUUUCUAUCGUUAAAUUAAGGUAAAUCGAUUCGUUUUUUUAUCUGAAACGCUGCGCCACCGGUUCAUUUAAUGAACGUUAUGUACAAGGAGGCUGAAACAAUAAUUGGUUGAGUAUCCUUCAAAGUAAGAAUGUAAUUCCGUAUGUGUAACUUGACACUUAGAGAAAUACUUAAGUCCUAUCCAGACAAAAUGAAAGUGGAACUACUGGAAUCACACUCGUAUUGAGUUAUUUGAAGUAAUUAUCCGAAAAACAUCUUUUGUCAAUUUUGAUGGUGGAACUCUACGCGAUGUUACCAUGCAGGCGGGCUUUUAAUAACAUAUCUCUUUACUGACUGAAAACGUGUGGCCAUAUGCCUCGUCAUCAAAAGCUUAAUUUGAGCAUGAUUUUUUUGACUUUUUUUAAUAUGAAAUCAUACCUCCUUUGGUAUAUGAGCCCAACAAGUGUUGGGAAGGUAAGAUUAACCAAUGAGCAAUGUGGAAGUAAAAAUGAGACAAAGUUAUUAGUUUAGAAGCAUUUCUUUGGAGAGAGGGGGAAAGGGGAUGGGGGUGUCGCCUACCCUAAACGGCGUUUCUAAAAGCGGCUCGCACUGUGAACAAAAUUGAAUCGCGUAAUUUCGUUUAAUAUAAAACAUUUUGACAAAGCCCCAACCAAAUUCUUUUUUGGCAUUUGAAAUUAUUACAGUAAUUUUCAACAAUAUUGUGAUACCUUUUCUGACUGUUGUACGUUUUACUCUCCCUUUUUUUUUACUUUAUACGCCACUGAGCGAGAAAGUAUCGUGGUCGCGACGUACUGCAACGAUGUCGAUAUCGACGCACCGCUACAGGAAAUUAUUUAUAUGUUUUAUGAAUAUUUGGGUAUUAUUCCCCAUUCGUAGUCCAUUUAAGCCCAGACAAAGCACAACAUACUCAAAAGCGGGAUUGUACAGGUCCGUAUUUUCCUCAAUGGUCUUGGAAUAAUCUAACAAAAUAAAUGAUUAUUUUUAUAGAAAGAAGUGCACAUACUUUUCACAAUUCUUUAUUCGCUGGACGUACUCGAACAUUAAGAUUAUAUUUACAUUUGUGCUACCUGACUAGAUGGAUAAGUUCUGCUUCGAUCAUAUGUGCAUUGAAACUAAUGCCUUUUGAGCCCUUGUUGAAUUUCUGCCUUUCUUGUGGAUAUUGCGGGAAUUUUUUCUAGUUUUCUAGUGUCGUAUGUAGCAUUAUCAAGUACAAUGACGGCAUUGUCGUCAAGUUUUGGGAGCGUUUAUUCAAACCAUCGUUCAAAUGAACUCCGGUCCAUUUCUUCAUGGUAGUCGGUCGUUUUAUUUGACUCAAAUGCCUAUUGGGCAGUGGACAGAAAGCCACUGCCAAUGAGACAGAUAACAAAUCGGUUUCCUUUUCCUGGAAAUAAUUAUUUCAUAUAGUAUUUAAGAAAGCUAAUAAUACAAGCAGAGAAUCUAAUAGGUCGCUUUCAAAAAAUUCGUGGACUUUGCGUCUGGUCCCAUUUCGAUCAAAGUUAUCAACUAUCCAACAGCUUUAUGUAAUGCAAUCUCUUGUGUGGUGGAGACAAUUUUUAUGUUUUUUUAUAUUCUUUAACAAUGUUGAAAAAUGUCUUAGGACAUAACCGUUUUGUACGUCACACGUCUUUGAAUAUCAUGCAUUUUCAUUUCAGAAUGCUUUAAAAUCUCGCUCUUAUAAACCUUAUGGGCAAUUUCUUUUGCCUGAAUAUUCAAAUGUCCCCUCUUGUCACGCUUUCGGGGAGGAGACCUCACUGAAGAGGAAGCAUGGCUGAAUUGGGAGAAAUAUUCUGUUUCAUCUGCUAAUGUAUAAACUCUCGCUAUGUAUGCACCGAUUACGAACAGCAACUGCCGGCGUCGGCGUGCCGGCGAUACCCCGAGCCUGAGUUCGAUCCUGACCGAGUUCGAAUGACCAAUAGCUAUUGCAACGCUUAGGCGGCUGCCGCUUUGCCGCGCUGCAUCUUUGUUGUGCCGGGGCAUAAAUGUACUACGACUAGGGUAUAGUAGUGCAUACCAAGUUUGUUACCAAUCUCCUAACGCAAAAAAGAAACAGACUGGACAUCAUUAGCCGAGGAGAUUUAAGAUUAACCCUUACAAAAUUGACGACAAAUGUUGAUAAUUUAUUAUUCAAGCAUCACGUUCAUCCUUCUCACUAAAAAUAUUGACUUAUUGCUUAUGUUAUUUUAUUUAUAGUUUAUUUUAUGUUUAUUGGUGUCUGACCAAUAAAUUCCCGCAUUGAGAAUAAGUGCUAGCAUUGAUUUUUUUAAAGAAC